CAAAAUAAAAAUAGGUACAUUUGCGAUCCAACUAUAACCUAAACUGAUAAGUAGGAAAUCAUUUAAAAUAUUAAUGACUUUUUGACAAUAAUUAAAUUUCGGUAUGAGUGUGUUGAUAACUAAAAUUUUUACGUCGUCUUUGAGGUGUAUAUCUGCUAGAACAGUUAUUUGUAAUACAUUUGGCGAUUCUGUACCAGUGAUAAAUAAAUUUCUUUUCAAUAAAAAUGAUAUUUUUCGCAUUAGACAACAAGUUUCUCGAAGCUAUUCUAAUGACACGAUACUACCAACGUCUAUGGCUUUGGACAAUACAAGUUUGCCAUUGAAAAAGAAAACUGUCCACAAAAAAACAUUACUCGAAGAUGUGUCGCACAAAGAAGGCCAUUAUUUAACUUUAGCAUACGCCACAGCAAAUAAUUACGAUUUGAAAGCUUUAAGAGAAGGACUGGUUAAUCAGAAGUUAUAUGAACCAGAAACUUUAAAAUCCCAAGAUCUAGGUGAUGUGGUGGUCGCCCAUGCUGUUUAUUCUAUUGGACAUGAACCGCGUGAGAUCAUAUUCUUCCGCGAAGGUGCUGUCGUAUUUUGGAAUUGUACAGAACUUGAAGCUAAUAAUGUUCUAGAUUUUGUCAGGCCAUUUGAAAUGGGGAGCUACCCAAACGAAGUAGUCAACAAGGAAAGAGAAGUGAUGAAAUAUGAGUACCAAGUAAAUGUCAAAAGAUGUUCUCUACAUGAAUCAUCUAAUUGUUUCGUCCUUGUUCCAAACUCGGAUAACUCGCUGGAGAGAUAUACUUUCAGUUUGUUACAGGUUCAUGGUCAAGUUGAAAUAAUUGAAGAGAUAAGACCUCUUGUUGUUCCUUUAUUUUUGUCCAAUAGCUUUAUUGUUUAUUUUGCGACCUUCACCUCCCGAGAGCUGCAGGCUUAAGAUAUGCUAUACUUGGGACGUCUGAAGUAUGUUUCACCAAGCAAUCAAAGAAUCCACUUCCUCCUAUACAUAAGUAAACAUCUCACAACUUAUCAUAUCAACCCUAUAUACAACUAACAAGAAUGUAGUUUUGCGUUUAGGUAAUAACAUUACUUUAAUAGCUUCCAAGGACUAUUAUGAAUAAUUGCUAAUGAAUAUCAAACUGUCAAUAAAGAAAUAGUUUAAAAAUUAUGCAGAAUAAUGGUAUUGUGGUUAUACCACUUGUUUAUUAAAUGAAGAGAAAUCAAUGUAUUAUUUUAAUAUUGGUCAAGAUAAUAAAUUUUAUAACAUCUUUGACAGCUCUUCGUUGAUAUAGAUCCGCAGCUCAAGGGCAAAUGGUAUCUGGCCAGUCUGGACGGUGAGGCGGAGGCUGCGGGUAUUAACGUGCGACCCGACUCGUUUCUAGAAGGGACCGGGCUUCUGCUGUGGAGCAAGGCAGAGGAGAGUACACUUGUUAGUGCACAAGGAAAGGAGACAUCAUGUGCUAAACCCCUCAGAUGGAGCUGACUCCCCCGAGGUCCGCUGUCCCCAUGGACUGUAUAUCUGUGAGAUGGUGGAUGCGGUGCCGCGGGUGAGAGAUAAAGUGUUGGUCAAUCACAUCAAGAAUAUAGAAGCUAUUGCCUGCUGUAAACUAACCCUUGUAUUGUUUGGAUAUAAAGAAUAUUUUAGAACUGCUUGCAAAAGGUAUCCUGUAGUAAAAGGCUUUGAUAUUGAGACAGCCAUAGGAGAUUUAAUAAUCAGCACCAAUUGUGAUGCUAUCAUUAUUGAUGAACCAAGUGAGUUGGUGAUGACAGUACUCAAGUUCAAUAAGGGAUUUACAUCUCUUUACAAAUAUGAGCCUAUGAAUGCUAUUAGUGAGAAUGCAGAGUUCUUUAUGAAGGAAUUUAACAGGAGAUGUGUUCCGGUUGAUGAUGAUGGUGUUGGUCUUGCUCGUCUAUGGCAGCAGAUGGUAUCAGUCCUGCCUCUUACAAGUUUGGAAUCUGCUAGAGCUGUGUGUGCCAAAUACAAAUCACUAAGGAGCUUAUACGAGGCUCUUUUCACCCGACGGGUUUUAAGUCGAUUGCUUCUAUCAACGCGCCCCGGACGAUACUCUCAGGGAGACGUGUUAAAAAACUCGGCCCGGAGAUGGCGGAGAGACUUAAGACUCUUCUGAUGGAGAAGGAUUCGACUGUCAUAGUCAGUUAGAUGUCCAGUAUAAUAUCAAGUUAUGUACUGACUACUAAGUAUAUACUUAUGGUGUUAUCGAUAUCGUUUGAUCUCGUAAUUAAUUACUCUUUAUGUCCACUAAUUCGGCGCACUAUUAACGAAAUGUCUCCGGAUUUUUCUCACGGAGCGAAAUUAUAAAAUUGUCAAUAAGACGUCGAAUUUAAUCUUAUGUGAAUAUUAUGUAAAUGUAAUUGUAUCAAGUAUAAUUAAUAAAUUAUUAUUAUUUA